AACUUCAUGUUUCAUUGAUUUUCGGUAGUCAAGAAAAAAUUUUCUCAGUCGAAAUUUACAACUGCUAAGAAAAGGGCUCCGUAAAAAAAUUGCGCAAAAAUUAUAAUUUCAAUUAAAUAGAAAACGUUAAAACACAGCUCAGUUUGGUUUAUGUAGGCUAAGCAGCGAUUAGCCGAACAAAGCGAAAAUGAUUGAUAUACUCUCAAUGUCACGGCGUCCCAAAUUGGAUGUGGUCGAAGUACCAAAUUUAACAUUCAAAUCUGGACUGCCGAUCAACAGUUUGCCAGGCUGGGAGCUAAUACCAUUAAAUUCGAAAUUGCCUAUGCUGAAGUGUCCCGGGAAUCAGGUUAUAUUUUCGAAAAAUAAAAUUGGACAAUCGUUUAAACAUUUGAAACAAGAAUUUGAUCCCUCCGUGCGGGAAAGCCUACCGGAGUACAAUCCACUACACGAUUCGAAUUUGAAAACUUUUUAUGCCAACGAACGAAAUCUGAAGCGUUUACGCGAGAACGGUGAAAUAACGCAAAAUAAUGAUGUGAUUUGCAAUUUGAAGGAUUUCAAUGAAUACCGACAACAGCUGCACAAAACGAGACUUUACUACGUAUUGCAGGAACUAAAUCGACAGGAAAACGAGCAACACGAUCGCAUGCUGAUCAACAAUGCCGAAGCAAUAACAGCGCGCGAUCAUCACAAUUUGGCCGCACGCCAAAAUAGUUUCACUGAAAUACAGGGACGCAAGCGCAAGCUGGAGAACAUAAGGGCAUCACGCUUUCAGAAAAUGUGGCAACGCACACAGGAUAAGAUAGCGCGUAAGGCGGCUGCCGAUGAGAUGGGCAAGGCCUAUCAUGAGUACCGUAAACUGGUAAAUCAUAUGAAAACACAACGACACUUGGAAGCGGCCGCCGACUUGCAGCGAAAGCAUUUGAUUAAGCUCAAGAAGGUCUUUCAAUUCAAACAGGAUCGCUUGCAAAAGAAUCUGCGGCAUCUGCAGGAGGAACGGCUGCGUCAAAGUGAGGUUAUACAAACACACUUUUGGGAGAAACGUUUGAAGGAGCGCAUAGCUUAUCAGGAUAAAAUAAAGGGACUGCUGGAGAAAGUCAGCGCACAACGGAAACAAUUUAUCGAGAAUCAUCGUCAAAAGUAUGAUGAGAAAUGGCUACGCAUACAGAAUGACAUUAAAGAUCGUGCACGUAAAAUUAAAAAACAAAGCAAAUUACAUCAGCAUCGUAGAAAGAAACCGAAACAAAUUACACCGCCGAAGCCAGCCAUGGAUAACGGUAUGGCCUAUUGUGAUAGACCAAAUGAGAGUGUUGAUAAAUUGUUGGAUUACAAGCUUUGUGAAGCAUUGAAUGCCGCCAUCGAUAUGGAAAAUCAACCCGCUAUGCCGUUCGAUGCUGAUGAUCCCAUAUACAAAGCGGCCAAGUUUAUUAUAACGCACAUUAUUAAGAAGUUCGACAAAGAUUUGAGUAAGGAUCCGAGAAUUUGCAAGAAUGUAAGAGAACGUGUGGAUCAGUUCUUUGAUGAGGCCAAACGUUUUGUGCUCUUUAGAUCGUCGCAAAUUAUUGCUUCCAUACGUGAGCAAGUACAAAACGAGAAUAUUGCUGGUAGCCGUAGACCAACCUUGGUCUCAUUCAGUCGUUUACCAUUAACAAUUGGCGAAUCCAGUUAUGCCAUACAUCCAAUGGUGGAUAUUAAGCCGGUAGAUGUGCGAACCCCAACACCAGUGGGUUCACUUGCUUCCAUCAAAGUGCAAUCGGAGGAGAAUAUGUUUAGCAAUAUACCGAAUUUGUGUCGCAACGAGUUGAUUUUCAUAGAACACUAUAUUAUCAAAUUCAAACGUGAACUAAUUGUGGGUGUUGGCAAACGUGUAUUUUCCGCCAUUGAUUAUCAUUUCUCCAAAAAAAUCAUGGACGUACGUCCCGAGCUGCUUAAUUUGAAUCGUAGUUUCCUAACUUGUGAGAUGUCCAAAGCUAUACUUAGCUAUGCCACCAACAAAUUGAAUUACGAAGCAAGCAUUAAGCUGUGCAUCAGCGCAUUGGCCAGCGAUAUUAUUUGGUCGUUGCAGAAACAUUUGCUUAAACCUGAACGUGAUCCGCGCGGAAUUGUACAACCCAAACCUUGCACAGAGAGUCCAUCACCACAUAUGCGAUUGUGUUUGUUCUGUACCAAACGGUAAACGGAGUGAUCGAAAAUACUAUUGAGGAUUUUGAAUCUUAUUAAAAAAUAAAACCUUUUAAAUGCACACAUAUGUAUAGACUCAUUUUCUUUUGCAAUAAAAUGCAAUGAAGAAAUUGCA